UUCCCUCUGAAUAGGUUCGCAGAGUCUCACACGCAGACAGACGCAUCUCAUAUGCACAACUAGACCCACACUAACCUGGACACUAGCUCACGCGCACGCACACACAUCUCAUAUGCAUACGUAAUUAUACAGACAGACCUUGCCACCCUCACCCACCUCACCCUUCACCAACCCCUUCACCCCCCACUAUCUGAUGACUCCCCGGCGUAGAGUUGGACGUGGUACGGAACCUACUGUAGCAUCCUCAUCUUCAACACUACCACACCAUCACCAUCCUCCCCCUCUUCCUCACCACCAUCAUGUCCUCGUCGUCGCGAAAAAUCUCCUCCGAGUCGUUCAGCAGCUCGGUGGGCUCGGACUGCGGGCUCGAGAGCCCCGGGGGAGACGGAGGGGACGGCGGUCUGGAGACGGCGGAAGAGAGCCGAGGCUGCCCCUUCUCCUCGUUCCCCUCCUCCCACAGAGCGGUGCUGUGGAACGGCCGCAGCCCCGCCGAGAAACCGGCGUGCCCGGCGGGCGAGGAGCAGCAAGGACCCCACAAGAGGGUCACCAGGAGGAGACGGGUGAACCUGGACUCGCUGGGGGAGAGCCUUAGGCGACUUACAUCACCAAUGACACAGACUGUUCAGGAGGCUCUACAACGAACUCUCCAAUACUACAAGCAACAAGAGAUCAGGUGUCGGGAGGUUGCUAGUGAGGAGAGAAGAAGAGAGAGACGAGAGGAGAAGUGCCCAUUCCUUGAAAGUUCUGGCUCAGAGGAAGAUGUCUUACAAAUCCUGCAAUAUAUGGCAACCAUUCUGGGAGUACCAUUCUGUGAGCUGCGAGAGCAUUUUGGAGAAGAGUUCUUUGGCCUUUGCUUUGAAGAAAAUGAACGAGUGCUACGGGCUGUAGGCGGCAACCUCCAGGACUUCUUUAAUGGAUUUGAUGCCAUUUUGGAACACAUUCGCACCUCUACAGGGCGCCGUGCCUCAUCUGAGAGUCCAUCCUUCCAGUGCAAGGAUCCCCAAGAGGAGGAGACUGGGAGGAGAAAAUUGGACAAAGUUGGAGGACAAGGAGAAAGAGACUGGAGAGGCAAGGUGCUGCUUCUUCAUUGUUUCAACCCAGCCCCUGUUGUUGGAUUAGUCAUGCCCGGGCUGAUUAGAGCUGUUGCCAGGCGGAUCUUUCAUUCAGAAGUUGAGGUGGAAGAAGUGCCACCUCUUACUCCCUUAUUACCUAAUGAAGAUACAGAACAUGCAGAUGGUGACUCCACAACCCCAACGCCAACUGCAUCCCCCACUGCCUCACCUUCCUCAUCACCAUCCCCUCCUUCUCCUUUCCCAACCUCUGUUCCUACAGUCUGCUUGUCCUUCCAAAUCACAGAGACUUGUCCACCUUCCCUCUCAUCCUUCCCAAAUGCUGCCUCUUUGAGCACUAAAAGACCCCCCCUCUCACUCUCCACCAACCCCAGUGAUCUGCGCAUUGGUCUGGCCACAUUUUGCCGUGCCUUUCCGUUUCACCUGGUCCUCGGGCCUCGCAUGGAGCUACUUCAGCUUGGAGAGGGACUGAGGAGACAGGCUCGCAUUGAGCCUCACCGAAGCCUCUCAUUCAGGGACUGUUUUGAGAUUGUCUCACCCAAGAUGGAGCCUUCGUUCCAGGGCAUCCUCCUUAGGCUUGCAUCCCCGUUUACCAUCCGUACCAGGCCUGAUACCACACAGUCAGGCACCAAAGAGAAGGUCAUGGAGCUAAAGGGUCAGAUGAUCCAUGUGCCUGAGUCUUGCUCCCUGAUGUUUCUGGGCUCACCACGUGUUGAUAAGCUAGAGGAGCUGAUGGGCCGGGGCCUCCACUUGUCAGAUAUCCCCAUUCAUGAUGCCACGCGGGACGUUAUUCUGGUGGGGGAACAGGCCAAGGCCCAGGAUGGCCUGAAGAAAAGAAUGGACAAACUCAAGGCCACAUUAGAGCGGACUCACCAGGCCCUGGAAGAGGAAAAGAGAAGAACUGUGGACCUCCUUUAUUCUAUAUUUCCUGGCGAUGUGGCGCAGAAACUGUGGCAGGGUCAGCCAGUGCCAGCUCGCAAAUUUGAUGAUGUCACCAUGUUGUUCUCAGAUAUCGUGGGUUUCACUGCUGUGUGUGCUCAGUGCACGCCCAUGCAGGUCAUCUCCAUGCUGAACGAGCUUUACACACGCUUCGACUACCAGUGUGGCAUCCUGGAUGUUUAUAAGAUUGAGACAAUAGGUGAUGCCUACUGUGUGGCAGGAGGACUUCACAAGAAGGUUGAUAGUCAUGCAAAGCCAAUUGCGCACAUGGCUCUGAAGAUGAUGGAACUUUCUGAAGAAGUGCUGACACCGGAUGGAAGACCGAUCAAGCUUCGAAUAGGUAUCCACACAGGCUCGGUGCUGGCAGGAGUGGUCGGGGUUAAAAUGCCUCGGUAUUGUCUGUUUGGGAACAAUGUGACACUAGCCAGCAAGUUUGAAUCAGGGAGCCAGCCAAGAUGUAUCAACGUCAGUCCCACAACUUACCAGUUGCUGAAAGAUGACCGUUCUUUCUCAUUCGUCCCCCGGUCACGGCUGGAGCUCCCGGAGAAUUUUCCCAAAGAGAUCCCAGGGACAUGUUACUUUCUUGAGGCGGGGACUUCUCACAGCCACGCCUCGCUGACCAGCUCUCGCUCUGCGCCCCCAGCCUCUAUGAGGAAAGUCUCCUACAGCAUUGGGACCAUGUUUCUAAGAGAAACAAGCUUGUAGGGCUGGUUCACAGACUUGGAGACACAGAUAUUCAUCAUGCGAGGGGCUACAUUUGAACCUGUUUGAAUGUGCAGGAAAUAAGUCUCACAGAUCAACGGAUAUGCAAAUGCAUUAUGUGAAAACUUGAACUCAGACCUGUGGGAUGGCCUUUAUGAAUGAAACUCAAAGAUUAUCUCAUCAUGGGUGAAAAGGUAACAAAAUGCCCUUAUCUUCAUGAGCAAGAGAGAUAAGCUUCAAAAGCCUCGAAGAACAGCAGCUAUGUUAGUUUCACAUGGACCCUUCCCCGAGGACUGAUUGGGUCAAAUAGAAGACAAACCUAAAUAUAAAACUUGAUGCUCUUGCUGGAUUUCUCAGCUUCCUGCCUGGUUUCUGGCUCUCUUCAAGGGUCUUUUCUCCCAGGUGGCUCUCCCAAGAAGUCAAAAAGGCUUGGAAAAAUUUGGACACAGACCAAUGUUGCACUUGUUAGGGAUCAACAGAAUUGCGUAAAUGGAACGAAUCUACUUUCCAUUAUCAAAGUGGAUGCUGAAGUAUGAAAAUAUAUGAACUUUCAGAAGACGGCAACAUUGCCACAAAUGUUUGCUGUGCAUCAUGGCCUCUUGUACAAGAAAGUCCACUGCUAAAUAAUGAUACAACCCUCCUUCCACCCUCUCUAACUGUUAAUAAAUCUUGGCAUGCUUUGCCAAACUCAAUUCUAACAUUUGCUGCUUGUUACAUCAGCCCACAUCAAGACCAGGUCAUUAAGGAUGAGAGACACAGUGAGUGGCACAAACUAGUAUAUAGGGUCGAAAGGGGCAGUCACAAGAUAAUUGCCAAAAAUGCUAGUACUAAGCUAAUCUUAGAGCCUUUUCUGCUUCUAACCCACGCAAAUCUAUAGCCGUUUAAGACUGAAACUAUACCCAGCUCUGUGCCUUUUUACAGCUUCAAUCAGGACAAAUACCAGAUUGAUUGAUUUAUAAUAUUUGAUCAGAGCAAAACACAAAGAGUGCUUCAUUUAUCAUUUUCCCUUUGUUAAAUACAUCUUUAAUACAAUAUUCUGUUAAGCUACAGUUGACAGUAAUUUUUUAACUAAGAUAAUGAUGUGCCAAAAGUUCUGAGCCACAUUUGAACCAGUCAUGGUAGAAGCCUUAUCUCAUUGAGCUACCAGGACAUGAGAUUAAUCUUUCUGUUUGAGACAGUCACGAGUGACUGCUUCCACAAAGAGAUCAACUAUUAAAAAUUCAGUUUUGUCAUUCAGAUCAACCAAAAAUACAAAUAAAAAGUACUAAUAUUGCACUACUUACUAACUUAGACAUAGUCACAGAAUGCACGUUACACUUGGUUCCCAUUUACAUACAUGACCUUUUAAGGAUGCAUUGGUUUCAGACGUAUGAAAUAAAAUUGUUCACUCAUCCUCACGCAACAGAAUUCCCUCCACAGGAGCUUCAGGCCCUCCCAAAACAUUGUUACGUUAGGUGACUCAGAAAAAUCUCAAAAGUUUUUGUCUAAAAGAGAAUAAAACAGAAAAGGAAAGUGUCAGCAAGACUCAAAAUAUUUCACAUUCGGAUGUUUAGGCGACACACGGUACUUAGCUGCCAUUCUCUGACACACAUUGAUAUAACCUUAAGUAUGUGUUCAUAAGUAUUAAUUAAGCAUUUGUGAACCUAAAACAUUACAUAGUUGGUAAUAUCAGUGACGCCUUGAAGGAAGUAUGCAGAGACUCAGAAACAUAAUGUAUUAGUUUUUAUGUACUGGUUAUGAUCCUGGAAAAAUUGAAAAAAAAAAAAAAGGUUAGUUUAACUUUAAUAGAAAUGGUGUUUCUGUUCGAGGUAUAAAAGUUUUCUUUAAAUCCUACAAAAAAAGAUUAUGAUUGAAAUAACUAUUCAACAUGACAAGAAAAUACACAACAGAAAACUCCAGCACAGGUUUGAAUAUUUCUUUAAUGACAAAAAUCUCAUCAGGAAUUAACAAAGUCUCGUUGCCAUGUCGUUACAUUUGCCAAAUCGCACUAGUGGCUGAACCACUAAAUAAUGAAUUAAAUGUGCCAAUUGAUGUCCAAGACACCACCAGCACAGGUCAAUAAUGCUUCUAAAGUUAAUAUAUGUUAGCUGUUGUGUAUUGGCAGGAUCAGCUCAUUUUAAAACUUAAUCAACACCCUGGCUUUGGCAAGAUUCACCAGGAACAUGCUAGCUAUGCUUUACAAAAACCCAGUUUCAUUAGCAAAAUCAGAGAGGUAAUACACCUCUGACAUCAACACAAAUGAUCAUCUGGCACAGUUUUCAAAAGAAAAUGGGCCUCCUAACUGAGGUUAACACCAGCAGAGCAGAGAAAUGUGCCAUAUUUAAGGGAGGAUGGGAAAGUUUGGUUAAAAUAUUUCUAUUUGUCUUUCUGGCUAUUUGAGCUGGAGAAGUGCUACAAGUGCCAGAAAACUAUGGUCAAGGGUCAUUUCUGUCAUAAAUAAUCAAAUCCUCUCAUCAGAUUUCCUCUCAGUGAGAAAGUUUAACACUUGCACAUGUUUAAGUCCUGAUAUUUUUGGUAAUGAAAGUAUUUUUCCAUACAUUUCAUAGUCUUACCCAUAUUUUCUGUAAAUCAAAUAACUAAAACCAGAGAACUGGUAUCCACCAGUAUACAGAGUAUACCCACUUAUUUUUUGCCUCUAUAGAGUAUACCCACUACCAAGUCCCCUCUGAUGAACAUCAUUUGAUAGUAUGCUUGCUUUGUUCCCCAAAGACAGUGAAGACAUGACCCGCCUUAUUUUGCCUUUAAUUGGCUAUAAUAAAUCUGUCAUUGGUUGGGUCACAAUAUCAGCUUUGGCUAAUCAGAGUAAGGUGGAUCACACUUUACUGUUCUGUGGGAUAUUUAACAGCAUAAACUGAGCAGGUAGAGCUACCUGCUAUCAGCUUGUGUCCCUCAUCAUGAAUUCAUAAUGAUCAUCACAACCCAAAGUCAAGCAGUAGAAGCUGAGUGUCAGCGUGCAAGUACAAAAGGCCAGUUUUGCUUUAAGAUCCAUCAAUAACAGGCUGUUUAUCCUUUGCUGGGUGGGUUGCUUGAAAAAAUGUGGGGCAUGAAUUAAGAGUAUACCCACUUCUGCAAGCACCAGUGCACAAUUGACAAUAACUAUAUUUUUAACAUAGUUUUGCAGUUUGUUCAGUAUAUCAAACAUUAAAGAUGAACAUGACAGCAAUAAGGAGAUAAAUACAAACAUUUGUCAAACAUAGUAGUAGUAGUAGUUUUAAUGAAAAAUGUUCAGACAUUUUUAACAUAACAAAAAUAUUUGUAUUAACUCCAAAACUAGAUUCAAUUGUGUAGGGAUGAACCUUGUGAUUUUAAGCGUAACUUAUUUACACUAUUUAUGGAAUUAAAACAAAUCUCAGUAGAUAGAUAUAAUUUGGAGCUUACUACACCCCUAGAUGACACCAAUGACAGAUAUCGUGAGACAUAAAUUAAGUUUAUUUUUAUAAGUGAAAUCUGGACAAGUUUACAAAGGGAAGUCAAUUCUGAUUCAGUAUAAAUUGUCAAAUACACUAGAGAGUGGUUCAUCAGGUUUUCCCAGAGCUCAAGGGAAGUCUCCCAUGUUUAUAAGGCCUGGGAAAGUGGAUACCAAUACGCCUUAUUUUGGCCUUAUGAUAAUUUCAAGUUUAAUUUCACAUACGUCUUUGACCACAUGGGCUAUUUUAUAGAAACGAGACAUUCUCAAAGGGUAAUCUAAAGUCUUGCAUGUCUAUUUUAGUACGAUUGCACAUACCAUUUAGACAAAUUGGUCCCUUGCUGUCCCUUGAGCAUAGCCUAUUACAAUGGGUCAAACAUAACUCGUAAGACAAGCAUUGAUUUUUAUGAUUUUGAAUAGGACUUAGUCCAUCAGAGAUCAAACAAGCCCAAAAGAGUGAUUCUUGGAAUAAGAAAACGAAUGAACACAGAUUUCAAAAGCAAAUGGGACACAAGACAAAAGCAACUACAAAUGUUGCUUGAAAACUGAAUUUCCUCUGUGUCCUUGUAAGGUAUACCAACCACUCCAAAGUGUAUUUGACAGUCAUUUUGUUAUGCUUAGGCAAAACAGUCUCCCAGACUGCAACCCUGCUGAUAUCCUCUAAUACAUAUAUGCAUUAAUGUUUACUUGUACCAAAUCUGCUGCUGUAGCUUCAAUGUAACACAGGUGUCACUUACAUUCAACUUCAGCAGUGCCUGAAUUCUGCGCCUAGGCUAAAUAUAGGACAUUGCAUCAGUGCUACACCCACACAACUUGUGUGUGCUGCUCACAUCUCCAAGACUGUAAAUUCUUGGCUUUAUACUAGACAUUUGGUCCGACAUUAUGAGUCUAGUUGAUAUUGUGUGGAGGUGUUGCAGGUUCUGGUUCUCUACAGUGCUGUCAGUCAUGAACCAUUACACUGCAGUUCAUAUUAUAGGUCAGGUACUCACACACAAGCUUACAUCAUAACUACAGUGGCAAUACAACUGAAUUGUACUGUAUAAAAAGUGUCAAGUAUCUGACAGAGAUGUGUGUGGGAGGGUCCAAUCAAAGAAUAUAAUGAGUUUGCCAAUACAAAUAUUAUAUCAUUAUAUUGUUAAUAAAGGCUUAUCAUACCUGUAACAAAUCAGUACAUUUUUAGAUCUAUUUAUUAUAUUUAAAAGAUGUAAAUUGUAAUACAGUUUUAUAUAUGAUUCUUUUGGUAAAAGUCACCAAAUUAUUUUAUGAUGCCACAUUUUCAAUUGCUGUCUUUCAGGUUUCUAUUUUCUUUAUUUGAUUGUUUUAAAGCCGGUCAUACUUUCCCAACAUGCUUCUGUCCCUGAACACCAUCCUAUCUUCAAUUGAUGUUUUUUUCUUAUAACAAUAACGAAGAAACUGUACUAUAUAUUUUUUCCAUCCACAGGUAAUUUUGAAUGUUUUUAAAGCCAUGGAUUUAUACAAAUUUUCUUCACAGCUGAAGGGGGUGACACUUAUUAUAAUCCAAACAAAAAGUCACUUGACCUGUGUUUUUAGCAGUGUCUUACUAAACUGUCUUGUUGCCAAGAUCAACUUCUUCCCCCCUCUUAUUUACAGUGAAGUGGUCUAAAUCAGUAGAAAACUGGCCCCCAUUUGUUUAACCUGGUUUAACAUCAGAAACAAGCAUGGAGGAUAAUUGCCGUACAUGCCCAGGAUCCUCCCAGUGGAUGUGCAUUAAUCCACUGUCCCUAAUCUGUAAUAGCUCACAAGAGAACAGUAGCUUCAUUAACUUUAAUUGAUACUGACAUUUGUGAAAUUCUAUACCUGAUCAUAACACUGUUUUUCCUCUUAAGGAGGCACGAUUAAAAUAAAUCUGGUCAGCGUUUUGUACUUUGAUGCCAUGUCAUAAACAUACAGAACUAAUCCUGGACAUGAAAGUAUUUGGAGUCAUACUGUGUGUGUAUGUGGAAGAGCCUUGAUGACAGCUGUUGGUUUUUGAAUGACAUA